GUUCGUUUUUAUAAUAAAUAACAGAAUGGUUUCCACUCUCUAAACUUAGAGAUGACUGACAGGAAAACAGUCCUGGCUGCUGCCUCUGAGGUGAGAUGUGAUCCACAAGACUCAGAGCAGAGAAAUGUCAGCAACACAGACCCAGAAGAAGAGGAUAAGAGCACACAGGAUUCAAAGGGGACGUGGAAGAUCCCGUCUCUCCAGGAGCUGGAGGAGGUUUUACAUUCAGCUCCACGCUCCUGUCGCCACGGAGAUGAGGUGUGGCCAAACCUGUAUCUGGGAGACAUGUUUAUGUCUCAUGACAAGCUGGGGUUGUGGCAGCUGGGCAUCACUCAUGUGCUGAACGCAGCGCAUGGAAAGCUCUGCUGUAAGGGGAGUGAUGAUUUUUAUGGAACCACAGUGAAAUACUACGGAGUCCCAGCCAAUGACCUGCCAACAUUUGACCUUUCACCUUUUUUCUUCCCUGCUGCCGAGUUCAUUCACCAGGCUUUGACAUCAGGAGGAAAGGUGUUUGUGCACUGUGCUGUGGGUGUGAGUCGCUCGGCUGCAUUGGUCCUAGCCUACCUGAUGAUUCAUCACCACCUCAGCCUCCUGUCUUCUGUGCACUGUGUUCAAGAGAAACGCUGGAUUUUCCCAAACCGAGGCUUCCUGCGACAGCUUAUAGCCCUGGACAGAAAACUGCAGGACGAAGGGUCGAAUGAGGCAAAAUGAAACAAAAGCGAAGUGCGACCCUACAAAA